AGAGAGAGAGAGAGAGAGAGAGAGAGAGAGAGAGAGAGGGGGGGUCGGUUACAGUUGGUAGCAAAACUUAAGAAGAAUACCUCAUUGAUGAUGAUGAUAAUGAUCAUCAUGAUGAGAGUUUCAUAAGUCAAUCUCAGCCGUCCAUUUAAUCCCAUUACGUAGUCCCACAUUAUAGCAAGUCACAGUCUCUCUUCGUUCUUAUCCUCACCACCUUCCUUGUAUAAAUUUUCCAUGAAAAUUCUACAAGAUUUUUGUGUUCAUAUAUUCAUGGAGUAUAUGCUUGUAGUCUGUAACACCCACCGAUGAUAACAACCUCACACUACCAAACAAUCCCAAACCCAAUCCAAUUCAAUCCAAACUAAACCUUUUCUUUUCUUUUCUUUUUCAUUUUCUUUCGCUUUCCCGAGAAAAAUAACCCCAAACCAAUUUGUUUUGUUUCUGGGUUUUCUCUGAUUAUGCUUUCUAGAUCUUGUUUCAAUCUCUUGAACCUCGAAGAUUACUCUCGGGUCGAUCGGACUCGGAUCCCAAGAGUCAUGACUGUUCCGGGGAUAAUCUCGUGCUUGGAUAACAAUGGCGGCGAAGAAACAGAGCCCGAUAAUGAUGAUGAUGAUGUUGUUUCGUCUGUAAAUCAAGAACGAAGAAUCAUUGUAUCCAAUCAGCUUCCAUUGAAGGCACAUCGUGAUUCGGAGACAAAGAAGUGGUGUUUUGAUUGGGACAAAGACGCGUUGGCUUUACAGCUCAAAGAUGGUUUUCCACAAGACAUUGAAGUGAUCUAUAUUGGGUGUUUAAAAGUAGAGAUCGAAGUUUCAGACCAAGACGAGGUUUCUCAAUUCCUUUUCGAGAAAUUCCGAUGUGUUCCCACAUUUUUACCAUCGGAGAUUCAGAACAAGUUCUAUCAUGGGUUUUGCAAACACUAUCUUUGGAAUCUGUUUCACUACAUGUUACCUGUGACUCCAAAUCAUGGUGUUCGAUUCGAUCAGAGUCUAUGGAGAGCCUAUGUCUCUGCCAACAAGGUGUUUGCUGAUACAAUCAUGGAAGUGAUCAACCCAGAUGAGGAUUAUGUUUGGAUACACGAUUAUCACCUCAUGGUAUUACCCACUUUCCUGAGAAAAAGAUUUCAUAGGAUUAAACUUGGGUUUUUCCUUCACAGUCCCUUUCCAUCCUCUGAAAUUUACCGAACUUUACCUGUUCGCGAUGAGAUUCUUCGAGCUUUAUUGAAUUGUGAUCUUAUUGGAUUCCACACAUUUGAUUAUGCUAGACAUUUCUUGUCUUGUUGUAGUAGAAUGUUGGGUUUGGAUUAUCAUUCUAAAAGGGGGUACGUUGGGUUAGAAUACUAUGGUAGAACGGUUAGUAUCAAGAUCCUCCCUGCUGGGAUUCAUAUGGGUCAGCUUGAAUCUAUCAAGUCCUUUCCCGAUACAUCGAAGAAAGUUCGCGAAUUGAAGGAAAGAUUUGAGGGGAAAAUUGUGUUGUUGGGUGUGGAUGAUAUGGAUAUGUUUAAGGGUAUUAGUUUGAAGUUCUUAGCAAUGGGACAUCUCUUAGAAGAACACCCUGAAAUGAGGGGGAAAGUGGUUUUGGUUCAAAUCGUAAACCCCGCGAGGAGUCGGGGUAAGGACAUUCAAGAGGUUCAAAAUGAGAUCAGUAGUGUUCUAAGUCAGGUUAAUGACAAGUAUGGUAAACCCGGGUAUGAUCCGAUUGUGUUUAUUAAUGGCCCGGUUUCAACCCAGGACAAGGUUGCUUACUUUGCUAUUUCGGAAUGUUGUGUUGUGAAUGCUGUGAGGGAUGGUAUGAAUUUGGUGCCUUACAAGUACACAGUGUGUAGGCAAAGCAAUCCUGAUUUAGACAAUGCCUUAGGGCUUGAAGGAUUAGAAACGCCGCGAAAGAGCAUGAUUAUUGUAUCCGAAUUCAUAGGGUGCUCACCAUCGCUCAGUGGGGCGAUCCGGGUCAAUCCAUGGAACAUUGAUUCUGUCUCGGAGGGGAUGAAUUUAGCAAUCACAAUGCCAGAAGCAGAGAAACAAAUGCGCCAUGAAAAGCACUACAAGUAUAUUAGUUCUCAUGAUAUUGCCUAUUGGGCUAGGAGUUUCGAUCAAGACCUCGAGCGAGCUUGUAGAGAGCAUUACAGGAAGAGGUGUUGGGGAAUUGGGUUCGGUUUAGGAUUCAGGGUUGUUGCUUUGGGUCCUAAUUUCAAAAAACUCGCAGUGGAACACAUUGUACCGGCUUAUAAUGGGACUAAUAGCCGGUUGAUUUUGUUGGAUUAUGACGGUACAAUGAUGCCACAGGGUUCUGCUGACAAAUCUCCAAGUGAUGAUGUUAUUAAGGUUUUGAAUGGAUUAUGCGCUGAUCCGAACAACAUUGUUUUCAUCGUGAGCGGAAGAGGAAAAGAUUCUCUAAGCAAGUGGUUUUCUCCAUGCGAAAAACUCGGUCUUUCAGCAGAACAUGGAUUCUUUACUAGGUGGAAUAAGGACUCUCCGUGGGAGUCAUGUAUGUUGGCGAUGAAUUUCGAUUGGAAGACAAUUGCUUUGCCGGUUAUGGAGCAUUAUACGGAGGCAACUGACGGGUCAUUUAUAGAGCAGAAGGAAAGCGCGCUCGUGUGGCACCAUCAAGAAGCUGACCCUGACUUUGGAUCGUGGCAGGCGAAAGAGCUUCUUGAUCAUCUUGAGAGUGUUCUUGCUAAUGAACCUGUGGUUGUUAAAAGAGGGCAACACAUUGUUGAAGUCAAACCACAGGGUGUGAGCAAAGGAGUAGCAGUGGAAAGUCUGAUUGCAACAAUGCAGAUGAGGAGGAAGCCGCCGGAUUUCGUUUUGUGUGUAGGCGAUGACCGAUCAGACGAAGAUAUGUUUGAGACGAUUGCAAGAUCGGUCACCAACCCGUCAAUGCCCGCCAUAGCAGAAGUUUUCGCCUGUUCUGUCGGUCAGAAACCAAGCAUGGCAAAAUACUAUCUUGAUGACACUUCUGAAGUAAUCAAAAUGCUUCAAGGCCUUGCUGGAAUGUCUGGGCAGCCUAAUAAGUCUCCAAUUUCGCAGGUAGUCAAUGGUAUUGGAGGCACAUCUUUGACUCCAUCGGACUUUACAAGAGGCAUAUCGGAAAGUUUGAUGAGUGCUCCAACUCAGAUUUUUGGUUCUGGAUCUCUAGCCUCAUCGGCUUCUAAUGCAUGCACACCGGGAAGCUUGUAUAUUAGGGACCUGUUUGACUUGUUUAUUGUAAUUGAACAGUUUGUUUUUGAGAUUGCAACUUAUUAUGUUUCCAAUUUGGAUCUGUAAAACAGGAUGCCUAUUAAUUAGCAAUGAAGUUAUGUUAUUAUUAUUA